AUGGUCACGGUUUGUCUGACAAUCGUUAAUUCAACCAAAAGUCGCUGGCCAAUUGCCCAAAACGAAGAAGGAAAGGGAGAGAAAGGGAACAACACUUAUCAAUCCACGAAUUUUUUAAUCGAGGAUGAGGUCUAUUGA